AUGUCUGAAAUCGUUCACCCCACCAUCAAAGAUGGAUGGUUCCGUGAGAUCUCUGAUAUGUGGCCGGGUCAGGCCAUGACUUUGAAGGUCGAGAAAGUGCUCCACCACGAGAAGAGCAAGUAUCAAGACGUCCUCCUCUUCAAAUCCACCGACUACGGCACUGUCCUCGUCCUCGACAACGUCAUCCAAUGCACCGAGCGUGACGAAUUCUCAUACCAAGAAAUGAUCACCCACCUCGCCAUGAACGCACACCCGAACCCAGAGAACGUGCUCAUCAUCGGCGGCGGCGACGGCGGCGUGCUGCGCGAGGUCGUCAAGCACUCGUGCGUCAAGACCGCAACGCUCUGCGACAUUGACGAGGCCGUCAUCCGCCUCUCGAAGCAGUACCUGCCCGACAUGGCCGUCGGCUUCGAGCACCCGAAGAGCAAGACGAUUGUCGGCGACGGGUUUGCGUUCAUGGCCGAGCACACCAAUGAGUUUGAUGUCAUCAUCACCGAUAGCAGUGAUCCCGAGGGCCCAGCCGAGGCCCUGUUUCAGAAGCCCUAUUUCGAGCUGCUCAAUAACGCGCUGAAGGAUGGCGGCGUGAUCACCACGCAAGGUUCUGAGAACCAGUGGUUGCACAUGCCGCUUAUCACUGGGCUCAAGAAGUCGUGCAAGGAGGUCUUCCCGACUGUCGAGUACGCAUACACGACCAUCCCCACCUACCCCUCCGGCCAGAUUGGCUUCAUGGUCUGCUGCAAGGACGCGGACAGGGACGUUAAGAAGCCCCUGAGGACCUGGACGCCUGAGGAAGAGGAGAAUCUGUGCAAGUACUACAGCAAGGAGAUCCACGAGGCAGCGUUCGUGCUGCCUACCUUUGCGCGCAAGGCGUUGAGGUGA